AUGAAUGCCGUUGUCGAGUAUACCCGACAAAAAGGUCUUGCCGCUAAAAGUCUUGCGUCGCCCGAUUCAAGCUUCGACGGUUCCGACGAUGAUGAUGACAGCGGCAAAACAAAUGUUGUUCCAGAGACUGACGACGACGAGGACGACGCCCAAGUCGACAAGGAUGUUGAAAAGUUGAUCCAGUUUCAUCGCCGACUGCACAACCUCAAAAACAGCUUCCCUAUAAGGACAAGCGCUCCUCGUCUGUUGCAUGGUGUCAACAAGAUUCUCCUCGAGUUCAAACUAGCUCAUGGGAUGAAAUUCGACAAACGAGAUAUGGCAACUUUGCAGCGCUCCGCCGAGAUGUUGAAUAUAAAAGUAAGCAAGCGAAGUGGCGUCAAGGAGGUGAAACGUAUUUAUGACAUUGUUGAAACGAAAUCCAUUGCCAUGAAUCACGAAAACCACUCGAGCCAAUCUUUUGUUGAAAGGUGUCCUCAUCGAACGAUUUCUCAUCGAACACUGGCAACAAAGGAUAUUGAGCAAAAGAAAAAAGAUGGCGAAGUUAACACAGAUACGAUUGAUCCAAUUGUAACUGAUUAA